GAUUGUCCGAAUUUACUCUCAACGUAAACAUCCAGAUUUAAAUAUUUACGCCCAAAUUUGAGAGUUCAAAUUCGGAUAAUCGAAUGUUAACACUCAAAACUUGAGUGUUUUUCCGUAAGGGGUGUGGAUGCGCCUAUGGGUACGCGUGCGUAAAGAAAGUAAUCCUGCUGACCAAAUUGCUCCAUCACAUUAGCAAUUCGCUUACAGAAAUGGGUUGAGUUAGGUGCAGUUGUUCUUUUUAACUACAUGAUUUGUGUUAAAAUAAAAAGAAAUUAUUAUUUUAACACAAAUCACUUUUCUUUAUUAAAAAUGUGUAAGAAACACCUAAUCUGAUUAGAGUUGCUUGAUAAAAUUUUUUUUGUCGGCCUUUAAUAUCAGCGAGAAAAUUGUAUUCAAUAUUAUGAAUAGAGAAUAAAUCUUUAUGUUAGGAUAUGUAAACGCACCACAAUGGUUCUGUUAGUCCCUAGAUUCGCAUUACGUUUAAGUUGGCAACUAGCCCUGUAUUUUUUGUCUUUAUGUUCCCCCCCUUCCCUUUUCUCUCUGUUCCCGCGCUUGUGUGUGCAUAGCCCAGCCAAAUAAAGCUACGUCUUUCUAAGAGUAUCAUUCUUGUACAAUUGCCUAUAAAUCACCUAAAUCAUCAGGUUAUGGGCCCAGGGCCCACGCGAUAUCUUUGGUAAAAAAUAGUGGCAAAACGUCACGUGUACACUCACAAAGACUCUGAGCAGUCAACGUUAAAAAUACGCCUUUGGAGGUUACACGUGAAGAAAGACGCACACGAGGUCGGUAUAUCUUAUCGUCACGAUGGCUCAACAGAAUAACUAUCCGGCGAUAGAGAAGCUUAUAAUAGGCCGAGAGAAUUACAACGCGUGGAAAUUCGCAAUGCAGGCAUGCCUCGAACUUAAAGAUUUGUGGGGCUGCGUUACGGGCGAAGAAGCAUAUACUACAGACAUAAAAAAAGUAACCCGUGCACGUGCAAAAAUAAUUCUAUCCGUAGACACUGCAAAUUUUGCCUACAUCAGGGACACGAAAACUGCGAAGGAAGCGUGGAAGAAGCUCGAACAAACAUUCGAAGAUACGGGACUCACGCGAAAAGUAGGUCUUCUACGAAAGCUAGUGACCACGCAGCUGAACAAGAGUAACUCCGUCGAAGAAUACGUGAACACCAUCAUGACGACUGCACAAAGUCUCAACCAACUAGGAUUCCAGGUAGAGGACGAGUGGGUAGGCACACUUCUCCUUGCGGGCUUACCAGAAGAUUAUCGCCCGAUGAUUAUGGCAUUGGAAAAUUCCGGCGCAUCGAUAACAGGUGACUUCGCUAAAGUAAAAUUACUGCAAGAAAUAAAGACGCAAAAAUAAGAAGAACGCGCCCAAUACGUCAACAAAUAAGGAUUCAACAAAUAAGGAUUCGUCAAAAAAGGCAUUCGCGGCUCUC